CAACCAGUUGACCAAUCAGGUGCCCCGUUGUACCGGAGAAGGCUCGUCCUGAGCCAAUCACAGGCUUCCUUACGGCUCCCAAUGAGGCUCCUUACUCCGCGUUGGCCUGGGCGCUUCUUGAACUCCAAUAACCUCAAAUAAUCGGCGCACUCGUGAGAAUGCCUCAGACCAACAAGUCAGUCGGCGCUGGCAACACGUCAGGUCAGGUCUGUGCUCCAGACCAAGGUGAACCCCCAACUCAGCAGGAUUUUAGGACUGCGGAGACUGACGAGCAGGGAGACCAGGAGAUCAUCAAAUCGCCCAGCGACCCUAAGAAAUACAGAUGUAUCCAGCUCAGUAACGGCCUGAGAGCCUUGCUCAUCUCCGACUUCAGCAGGACUGAUGGCAACGGAGAGGAAGUGGGCCAGGGGGAUGCUGGGGAUGAGGCGGAGGACAGUGAAGAGGAUUCUGGUGAGGGAUCAGAAGAGGAAGAGGAGGAAAAUGAAGAGGAGGAGCAGGACAGCGACUUUGACGAGCUGGAUGAGGACAAUGUAGCCAAGAAGAAGAAAGAGAAGCAGGCUGCAGCUGCAUUGUGCAUCAAUGUGGGUAGCUUCAGUGACCCUGACGACCUCCCUGGCCUCGCCCACUUCCUGGAGCACAUGGUGUUCAUGGGUAGCGAGAAGUAUCCGGCGGAGAACGGCUUCGACGCCUUCCUCAAGAAGCACGGUGGAAGUGACAACGCCUCCACGGACUGCGAGAGAACCAUCUUCCAGUUUGACGUGCAGAAGAAACAUUUCAGGGAGGCGCUCGACAGGUGGGCGCAGUUCUUCAUCUGUCCUCUGAUGAUUGAGGACGCCAUCGACAGGGAGGUGGAGGCGGUGGACAGUGAAUAUCAGUUAGCGAGGCCUUCGGACUCACAUCGUAAGGAGAUGUUAUUUGGAAGCUUGGCCGUCCCGGGACAUCCGAUGAGCAAGUUCUGCUGGGGAAAUGCUCAGACAUUGAAACAUGAGCCCAGAGAGAAGGGGAUCAACACGUACCAGCGGCUGCGAGACUUCUGGAGGAGAUACUACUCCGCUCAUUACAUGACGCUCGCUGUUCAGUCGAAAGAGACACUAGACACACUGGAGCAGUGGGUUAGAGAGAUCUUCAUUCAUAUCCCCAACAAUGCGGAACCUUCAGUCGACUUUUCUCACCUGCAGCAGCCCUUCGACACGCCGGCUUUCAACAAACUGUACAAAGUGGUUCCGGUGAGGAAGGUGCAUGCUCUGACCAUCAGUUGGGCCGUCCCCCCUCAGGGGAAACACUACAGGGUGAAGCCUCUUCACUACAUCUCCUGGCUGAUCGGACACGAGGGCAGCGGUAGCAUCUUGUCUCUGCUACGCAGGAAGUGCUGGGCUUUGGCUCUCUUUGGAGGGAACAGCGAGACUGGCUUUGACCAGAACACCACCUACUCUAUCUUCUCCGUUUCCAUCACCCUCACCGACGAGGGCUACCAGAACUUCUACCAGGUGGUUCACCUGGUGUUCCAGUACCUGAAGAUGCUGCAGGCUCUUGGACCCCGGCGGAGGAUUUACGAGGAAAUCCAGAAGAUUGAAGCCAAUGAAUUCCAGUAUCAGGAGCAGACGGACCCUAUCGAGUUUGUUGAGAACAUCUGUGAGAACAUGCAGCUGUUUCCCAAAGAGGACUUCCUCACUGGAGACAAGCUCAUGUUUGAGUUUGACUCAAAGGUGAUUGGUGCUGCUUUGUCUCUGUUGACCCCAGACAGAGCCAACCUGCUUCUGCUGUCUCCAGAAAAUGAAGGUCGCUGCCACUUGAGGGAGACCUGGUUUGGUACUUCUUACAGCAUAGAAGACAUCCUGCCCGAGUGGGCUCAGCGCUGGGCAGGAGACUUUGAAGUCAACCCUGGUCUUCACCUGCCAGACGAGAACAAGUUCAUAGCGUCCAAUUUUACUUUACAGAUGUCUGACUGUCCAGACUCUGAGUUUCCUGUCAAGAUCGUGGACCACGAGCGAGGAUGCCUGUGGUACAAGAAGGACAACAAGUUCAAGAUCCCAAAAGCGUACAUUCGUUUCAGCUUGAUCUCACCCAUGAUUCAGAAGAGUCCAGAGAAUCUGGUGCUGUUUGACCUCUUUGUCAACAUCUUGGCACAUAACCUGGCAGAGCCCGCCUACGAGGCCGAUGUAGCCCAGCUGGAGUACAAGCUGGUGGCCGGUGAGCACGGCCUGGUAGUGCGACUGAAAGGCUUCAACCACAAACUUCCUCUGCUGCUGAAGCUGAUCAUAGACCACCUGGCGGACUUCAGCACGGAGGCGGGUGUGUUCGCCAUGUUUUCGGAGCAGAUGAAGAAAUGUUACUUCAACAUCCUCAUCAAACCAGAGCGCCUGGGCAAGGACGUCCGCCUGUUGAUUCUGGAGCCCAGUCGCUGGUCCGUUAUUCAGAAGUACCAGGCUAUCAUGAAGGGCUUGACCAUAGAUGACCUCAUGGCCUUUGUUGUCGGUCUGAAAGCAGAGUUGUACGCCGAGGGGCUCGUGCAGGGGAACUUCACCAGCUCUGAGUCCAAGGAGUUUCUGCACUACUUUAUUGAGAAGCUGCAGUUCCAGCCUCUGUCAGCAGAGGUCCCCGUCUUGUUCCGAGUCGUGGAGCUGCCUCAGAAGCAUACCCUCUGCAAGGUCAAGUCUCUCAACAAGGGGGAUGCCAACUCAGAGGUCACCGUGUACUACCAGUCGGGACUGAAGAAGCUGCGUGAACACGCCCUGAUGGAGCUGCUUGUGAUGCACAUGGAGGAGCCGUGCUUCGACUUCCUCAGAACCAAAGAGACGCUCGGGUACCAGGUGUACCCCACCUGCAGGAACACCUCGGGAGUGCUGGGCUUCUCUGUCACCGUGGCAACACAGGCCACCAAGUUCAGCACCGAGUUUGUCGAGUCGAAGAUGGAGGAGUUCUUUGUGGGCUUCGGCGAGCGUCUGUCGGCCCUGAGCGAGGAGGUCUUCAAGACCCAGGUCACAGCGCUCAUCAAGCUGAAGGAGUGCGAGGACGCCCAUCUCGGAGAGGAAGUGGAGCGCAACUGGUUUGAGGUGGUCACGCAGCAGUACGUCUUCUCACGGCUCAACAAGGAGAUUGAAGCCCUGAAAAGCUUCACACAAGAGGAGCUGGUCUCCUGGUUCCUGGAGCAUCGCAGCAGCAGCAGGAAGCUCAGUGUGCACGUGGUGGGUUUUGGUGUGGAGGAGAGUGAUCCACCAGAGCAGAACCCCAGCUGUACCCCGGACAACCCCCCUUCCUCCUCCUACGGAGAGGUCAGCGAGCUGAGCUUUCUGGCCGCCUCCUCGCCAUCGCUGCUGGACGCCACACUGAUCGGUGACAUCCGGGCGUUUACCUCUUCCCUCCCCCUCCACCCGUACCACAAAGUCCUCAGCUAGGUGCUGCACACUCUUUAUGUUGUCUGUCGACACACAUACUACAGUAACCAUGGCAACAGGUAUUUAGCUCGCCUCAUUAAAGUCUUUUAAAAAUACACACAACUCUUUCUUUCGUUGAUGCAAAAAAAACACCUGAAAUGUUGUGUGAUAUAUCCAUACUAGUUUUCUUUACUCCCGGACAAUAACGCUACAAUCAUUAGUUACAGCUAGCAUACGCAUGUAACACAAACUUUAAUGUUGCACUGUUUGUACUUUUGAUUCAUGUUGCUGUUUUAAUAAGGUUUCUCACUGUGAGGAGAACUUCUCUCUGAUCAUUCCUUACAUCAUACAGUUUAACAGUGAGCACAUUCAUAGAGGAAAAGUAGGCUGUGAGCAGGCGAAUAACAACACUAAUGAAGAUGG